AGGCAUGUGUCGGUUGGGAAAUGGAACAAAUCCCGUUUAAUUUUGGUUCAGGGUUUUUUGCACAGUUUCGACCCAAUUGCCUCAAAAAACUCCUUAAAUAGCGAUGAUGUGUUAAUAUGUGUCGUGAGAUGCUGCAAAAUUACCCCGCGGAAGCCGUAAUUUGGUGUUCUUGAAUAUGUGCAACAUCGUGAAUUAUUUAAUUCAUUUACAUUAGCUGACCGGAGAGAGAGCAAUAUAAAAGAUUGAAUUAACGUCACCGAAGAAAGCCGAUGCCGUGAUCCGCUUUAAGACCUAAUUUUAACAAAUUUUUCAUGGUAUAAUUUGAUAUGACCUUUGGAGUAGGUGAAUAAUCGAUCUUGACGACGCAGAAUUUUUGAGGAGUUUGUUAUCUGUGUGGCUGAUUCAAAACGAUUUCGUUCGCGUGUUCUUUCGCAGUUACUGUAAUUCACGAGAGCCCCUUUGUUAUCCUUGUUUAUCGCAAACAGUUAACAUUCUUUUUUAAUCGAGAGAAGAAUAUUUAUGAAAAGUUCUUUGUUUAUGAAUAGCUAAAUCAUGUCUGAUAAAAAAUUAAAAUUAUGCACCUUAAUUUUAUUUCGAAGCUUUUAGUUGACUUGAAAGUGUCGUCUAGCAAAUAUUGUAAUGGGCGCAGGCGUCAUUGAAAUGUCUUAUAAAGUGCUAUGAACAACAGUUUACAAUUUUAACUUUAAAAACACCUGCUAUACAUGCGUGUCGUUUCUUCAGACCUUCCUUUUACAUUUUGUGAAUUUUUUCCACGAACAAACAUCAAUUAAUGUGACGCCAUAAAAGUAACGAGUUAGGUCCAGUACAAAGAAAGUAAAGUAUGAAAAUUUCCACAUCGUUGGAUGGAAGAUGGGCAAGAUUUAAAUAUACUCUGAUAAACCAAUAAGAGUGCGUGUUCAAGCCAUUACAUCAUGAAGCUGUCAGAAGUUAACCUCCACGUCAAUAUUGUUAUUUCCUUUAUUAUUAUUCCCAUCCAAAAGAUCCAUGAAUUUAUCUUUGACUUGACAAGCGUCUUCUAAGCAGAAAUUAAACGGGCGAGGGUUUGUCGGAGAAUCUCGUCAUCUUCACUGAAUCCUUACUGAAAAUUGAAGCCGUGCAGUGUUUUCCAAGCAGACGAUACUUAGUGCUAUGAUGAACAAUUCUACAUCAGGGGGAAGAACAUCUGGUUCUAACCUGGAAGUGAGCCUCACCAUGCAAGUUGUUUUAACUCUGCUAGCGGCAGCCAUUGCAACAUUUGAUCUGAUUGGCAACGCCAUCGUCAUUCACGUGACGCGUUCAAGAACACCCAUGCGCACAACAACAGAUCUUCUGAUUGCCAAUCUAGCAGCCGCUGACCUCAUGAUGCUACCUGUCAUUGUUUACUUGGUGAACUUUUUUUACAACCAGUUUGAUUGGUUCGGUGGUGUUAUGGGACAAGUCACGUGCCGGUUAGCGAUCUCUCUCCAGGCUCUAUCGGUUGUGAGCCAGGUGUACAGUAUACUGGCUAUUAGUGUAGAUCGCUGUUGUGUUAUAUUCUUUCCUUUAAAAAAGGUUUUUGAUAAAACAUGCAUUAAAUGGCUCAUUCUGGUCAUCUGGUUAAUCGCCGUGGCCUUUGCUAUUCCUCAAUUCAUGGUUGCAACAGUCAAAACAAAGAGGAAAAGGCACAGCUGCUAUCCUAGUUGGGAGAAGAGUGGAAUGUCUACAAGCCAUUAUACUCUUGUAUUUAUGGCAUUUGGUUAUUUAAUACCCUUAGUAACCAUAGCAACUCUCUACCUCGUCACCACCGUUAGGCUUUGGAAGAGUGCAGCCCCAGGUCACCACUCAAAGUUAGCGAUUGAUAGAAUCAGAGCCACGCGACGCAAACCUACUAAGAUGUUGAUUGGCAUUGUCAUUGUGUUUGCACUUUGUUGGUUUCCUUUACAUGCAGCGGAGAUAUUAAGACGAUUUGCCCGUGAGGUCUACUGGAGCCGUAUUCCCUUCGAAGUAAACAUUGUCUUGCCGUGGUUUGGGAUCGCGAACAGCGCAAUAAACCCAUUCAUUUAUCCUAUGUUCUGCGAGAAAUAUCGUUACGAAUUCAGGAGAAUCCUUUCCUUUCAGUCUAUUAGGAGAAGCACCCGCACGAAAUCUGGCUUGACGGUAAUGACUGGACAACCAAAAUUUAAUGGGGAAACCUGUAAACCUGAUGGGAUUAUUGCCAAAUAUAGCAAAAACGGCUGUUCUCUGAGAAAAUUUAGAACUAUUUACAUAACUUCAAUUUAAAUUCGAGUGAUAAGAUGGUAAAAGCCACAUAUGCUCCGAUAUAAGGACAAAUGGACUUGGUGAAGAUACACAAUUCGAAGACUUUCCCUUCUUUUUGCUUCUUCUCUUUCUUCUUUUUAUAACUCUUAAGUUUUAUAUUGCUGUUGCCUUUUUUUCCAGAGUCACUGUGUUACUUUUAAUAUCAAUUUUUAC